GGAAGUAAGUUUCACAUCCCCCAACACUCCACAAACUUUAGCCAAGUUCAGUUAGACUACCGACCAGGAAGGAGGCCAUGUACACUUAAGUAUUCAACAUGCAGCGAAAUUAAGAAGCCUAGAGAUACGAAGAGGGGCCCAGGGAACCUGUCGAUGAUUAGCUUGGCCUUGGCUCUGCCACACCCACUCAGGAUGGCUGGAGCGAAAGACUCCAAGAACAGACUAUCCCUAUCAGCUGGGCUGGGGGGAGUUAAAAAAUCCUUUCUGUCUGCUCUUGGUCAACAAGAUAAACAUGUAAUACCUGGUGUCACAGAACCCCACAUCACUAUCAGUGCUCAGGAACUUCUGUCUGAUGGGAAGGCAAUAUUUUAUGGCUGGUUACGGAAGAAAGGCAAUGAUGUCCUCUCACAAAGGUUUAUGAUAUGGAAACACAGAUAUGUCAUCCUGAAGGAUGGCUGUGUUUACUACUUCAAGAAUGAGACAUCUGAAAAGCCCUGUGGAGCCUUUUCUCUGUCAAACUACACCAAAAUAAUGCGGGCAGUUGAUGUAGAGACAACAGAGUUGCCAUGGCCUUUUCUGCUUGUCGGCAGAUUCCCCCAGAUGAGAACAUGGUACUUCUCUGCCUCUAAUGAACAGGACAUGCAGCACUGGAUGCUCAACAUGAAGAAUGAAAUGGAUGCAGUAAACUCAAGUGUCCAAGGGGCAGGACACGGUGGACGUGGGUCAAACCCAGAGGUGAUUGUUCCUGAUCCAGCCUAUGGUGACGACUCAGGAUUGCCGCCAAUUUACCAGGACACUGAUGAGGAGGAACACUAUUAUGAAGACCCAGAUGAGCACCUGCAGGAAGAGGAGGACUACCUGCAGGUGCUGGAGGAUGGGCCCAGAGUAACACCUGUUGGAGCAGAAGCUGCUGGGGAUGUAGGAGCAUUCCGAGAGAUGCCAUUGCCACCUACCCCAACCUCCAAGAUGGCAUCACCCUCGAAGGGGUGGUAUGGACAAGAGGGGGCUGCGAGACCACCUGUUCCCCUGCCAAAGAAGCAGAGUUCCUUUCCAACCAAGCCUUUACCAGCAACACCCCAGGAGGGCACAAGGAGCCCCAAAAAAGCCCUGGUCCCUCCACACAUGAGAGGUGUUUCUACCUCGCCCCCACAUCAAACUGAAUCAAAGGGCAAAGUGCCGUCUCCUCCCUGGAAAGAACUUAAAGGACCUGGUGUGAAAAAGGCCAGUGAACCCAUCAACAUCACCAGUCCAGGCUGGACAGCUGGGAAGACAGUGGGGCAGAGAGAGACUGGAGAAGGGAGAGGAAGAGACGUAAAGGACGAGAAGAAAGAAAAGUCAGGCAUGGCCAGAGCUCUUGCUGCAGAAAUGACCCAAAAAUUUGGGAGUAACUGGCAAGCAGCAGGAGGAACAGCUAAACCCAGAACUCCAGAUAAACCAGUUCCUGCAGCGAAACCUGGCCUUCAUCCAAAGCCGGGCCUUGCACCCAAACCAGGAACAUCUCCAAAGCCAGGAUUGGCACCAAAGCCAGGACAUCCUUCUCGGCAAGGCAUGAAACCCCUGGUGCCACCACACAAGCCACAGGUUGAAGUUCAGGGGAUCAUGGAGGACAGAUAUGAACAUGAGGAGGAGGAGGAGCCUGUAGAAGACCCAGGAAUCAGGAGGACGCCCCCUGAGGGCAACAGCUUUUCCAAGAAGAACUUUAAUGAAAAUCCUGAAAGUGAAACUGAUGAUGUCAUGCCAGCUGAUGUAUCCGAUGAUGUUGAUGUAGAGAAAGCAGAAAGCUGUUUGAGGUCAGGCCAGGUGAAUGGAAAGUAUUUUCUCAGGCCAAGCAAACAGGACAAAGGGAAAAUGGUUCUUGUAGUGUAUGAUUGUGCUGGUCAGAAGUGCCGGAAAUUCAAGAUGUAUGGAUUGGGUUCUCAGCUGUACCUGCAUAAGGGUGCACCAACGUUUUCGUCCAUGUCUGACCUACUGAGACACUACCAGUACCACAACCUGCCUGUGACAGACGGAGUGGAGAUCAGGCUGACGGAGCCAUACCAAGGACAUUAGCAUCAAGGUAGUAUCCAUGGAAACUAUUGUCUGCUUCAGUGGAUCUGUGUCUACUAUAAAUCCUUUUGCCUCAACCCACAUAGUGAGGAUUAACAUACCACUGGCUAGCAGGGGUACAUGUAUAGAACUACAAAUUAAUGAUAACCAAAGAAUAAUCUGUAAAGAUGAUAAUUAGGGGUAUGUUUUCUGUAGGCAGAAAAUGUUGCUUGCACCCUUUUUUCAGUGAUGAUGGUGCUAUGGGCCAACAUGACACUAUGUAGGCAACUUGAAAUCUUAGAAAUGAUUUUACAAAUUACCCGGUAUACAAUGAGUAAUAGAAUUUUCUUCAGGAGAAGACUACUGGCCGUUCUACCUGGUAGAAGUACAUGUACAUCCACCAUUGAUAUUUACAGGAGGUAGUCCAUAACCAUACUGUGUGUUGAUGACUUAUAUACAUCUGCAACACAUGUGGAAAACAUGUAAAAUGAACAGGAAGAAUUAUUGUUGCUUUAAGAAGGAAAAGCCAGUUCAGGUGAAAAGUGAAUACCGGUACCUACAAAUGUGUCUACUAAGUUUAAAGUGCUACUAGAUGUGUAGCAUAACUUGCGACUACUCUGAGAAUGGUGAUUAUGUACACCCAAUGUCACAGAAUCGUACUUACUACAAGUCUCACGUUAUGUAGUUUGGUUGCACUUUUGCAUAAAUAUACAUGUAUAUAUAAUUACAUGCAUAUAUAUAAGUGUUUUAGUACUUCAAAUUGAACCAUGGCAGGUUGUUUGGUACAAUUUUGAGUGUCGUACAUUCUGAAGAAAUCUAUAGUGAUUGGGUCUGUGACCUUACUUCCAGGUGCAAGUCUGGUGUUAUGCUGGUGUAUAAACAUUUUCUAACCCUUUGAAAAUUUUGUUCACGUGAAUGUGAAAAAUGUUAUUGUCAUAUAGUUAAAGGUACUGUACAGGUCUUCCACUGUGGAAUUGUAAGUCGUGUGCAAUCAUAUGGUAAAUCACAGUUUUUUUAGUGUACAAAUGUUUUAGUUGUUGCACAAAUCAUUUCAGAGUUAAAUCAUCAAUGAAAAAAAUUUAUAUACCUAUAUUUUUCUUUACUUUCUGUAAUGUUAUAGAAAUGAUUGGUGUCAUUGAGGGUUGUCUCUCACUGUGCAUGUAUGCCCCUAAAAUCUCAAAGACGAUCAGAAGUAUUUUCUGUGCAUAAGGUCACACUGACUUAAUUCUGUGGAUGACAUCCGUGCGCGCAUUGAUUUUCGCCUGUCGCCCUCCAAAAAAAAAAAAAAAAGAUCACCUCCA